AUGCAAACCCGGUUCAUUACUUUAGCUGUUUGUUAUUUGAAAAAAAAAGCACAUUUCUUUUCUGAUUUAGGAGCUGUUGUAAAAGCUCACGUUCUUGUUCCAGAUCACCUUCUUACAAACGAAGACGUUCUAGAUCUCGUAGUCCAAUACGUUCUCGUUCUAGAAGUCCAGUACGUUCCCGAUCAAGAAGUCCAAUUCGUUCCCGUUCUAGGAGUCCAAUUCAUUCAAGAAGUGCUUCACCAGUAA